AUGGAAGAGAGAACAGCUGAUGCCGAGGAUAGGAAGUUAUGGCCUGAAGUAGUCGAGAAACAUUUCAUUGAUAUCUUGUUAGAAGAGGACGCUAAAGGGAAUAUGCCCCAAGGCCAGUUCAAGACUGGAACUUGGACAAUCGUUAUGAAUGAGUUUAACAAACGCACGAAUAAAAAUUACAACAAGACACAACUUACACAAAAAUAUCAACGAAUGAAAGGUCGACACCGCACAUUCUUCCAGCUUAUCGCACGUACAGGAAUGGGAUGGGACCCCAUUUCAAAUAUAGUGACGGCCAGUGAGGAAGCUUGGGCUGCUGCAUUUGUGGUCAAUCAUAAAUUCAAGGAGUUCAAGAAAAAGGGGCUGAAACACUACGACCUGUUGGGCAGGCUUUUCAAUUCAAACAUAGCCACGGGUUUCCUCCAAAUUUCAUCUGCCCAACCAGCUCCCAACAGUGACGAAGAGAGAGAGCUGGAUGCAGCCUUCCUAUCAUCAGGGGUGCAUGUCAACGUCAACACCGAUAGUGUAGAUGAUGUGGAGGAGUUGCCCACACCAAGUGAAGUCCAAAGCUGGAGGCAAGCUAAAAAGCGGCCAGUUGAACCAUUUCAUUCAAGCGAAAAAAGGAAGAAAGGGCACUCCCUUGAAAGCAUAACUGAAGCUAUUUGGGGGUUUACUGACAUGAGGAAUCGGAGGGGGAAAAGGUCCAUUGACACUAGAGACUCUGGUGUGGGGGGUGACAUUAAGUCAGUUACAGAAGCUGUAACACUGCUCAACCAAUACACCGAUGUGGAUCAUGUCACAUAUUGCAAGGUCGUGCAGGAGUUUCAUAACUUCAAGAGUAGAGCCGCUUCUUUUGCUAUGACGGUCGAUAGGAGAAGGGCUUGGAUUGAGUUCAUUGGGGGUGGAUUGCAGUAG